AAUGAUUUAAUUUAUAAUAAUCAUUUUUAAGAGAAGGGAAUAGUUUGCGAAACUUACAACAUAAUUAUUUUAGGUAUAAAUUGAAAUUAAAAGAUAUGGAUCUAAUGAUAAUGUAGAUGCAAUUAAUGCACCAAAAUUAUAUGAAGUAUCUAAAAAAUUAAACAUUCGAACAAUUCAUGUUCAGUCAUCUCUAAAUUCUAAUUUAGUCAUCAAAAUUACAUAAUCUUUAUCACUAAUUGUUAGAUUUUCAUUUUUUUUUUCAAUGAGAGAAUAAUAUCGUAUAGAAUGUUCAUGUAAUUAGUUAUUUAUAUUUAAUAAUUUGAAAAUAUAAAAACAAAAAUGAGAUGACCAUAAAGAUGAGAUCAAAAGUGUUUGUUAUCAUGAAUAUUGUACAGAAUUUUAAUUAAACUGUUUUAAAUGUUUAAAGAAAGGAAUCCAUCCUGGUUAUUUAGAUGAUGUCGAAAAAAUUAAUAGUUUGAUUUAAUUCAUUCAAAAUAAAAAUAAUGAAUCUGAUAAUUUAUUAGAAGAUUUUAAUUAAUAUGUAGAAAUCAAUCACUUUCUUAAUUAAAAAAGGGAAUCAGAUAAAAAUAUUCAUUAUUAUAAGAAAGAUUAACAAAUUUGA